AUGACGGGAGAGCCUGGCGAAUAUUGGUUUACCUCUUCCGGAAGUGACGCAGUGUGCAGCCUGUACCUUAUAGCGGACGUGGACAAAUUAGUGGAAUUUGAAAUCAUGGAGUUUGAUAUAGACUGCGAAGGCCAGUACCAAACAUUCUGUGGAGCAGACGCACCUGCCCGCAUAUACACGGCAUCACAGAACGUCGCAAACCUGCAGUUCCGCGUGCCCCGCCCGGGUCAAGGCUUCCGGGUCAGAGUUCGCUUCAUCCAGAAUUUCCAACCUUGCAACGCUUUGGCUCCUUUUGAGGCAACCGUCUUCAGUCUCAAGAAUUUCGGCUUUCGGCGCAACUGUACGAUACAGAUCGUGUUUCCGGUCAACGUACUUCUGCUGUCAGCCAACAUCGGCGUUGCCUCGGAGACCGGAAGCGUGCGCACGCGCAGAGAUAGGCUGUCAGUGAAUUGCGCAGGACCACUGGGAGCAGAUUACGCAGCUCUAAGCUUCGGCCAGGGACUGGACACGAGCGACUUCGAUGUUGCGAUGGGCUUUUGUGGUGUUCGUUCUAAACCAGCGCGUCGCUCAGUGACCCUUGGAUGCGGCAACUCCGCCGUCAGCCUCCAUUCCAGCGGACUCUUCUUCAACUCUUUGCGUUUUGAAGUCAGCCCGCCCUCUAGUGAGGAACUGGAGGCCUUCCUCCUCGCACACCCGCAGUGCAGCACCUAGACCUGACUGGCAAGUCUUUUGCAACGGACGUUUCAGCGUCGGUAGACGAGUGAAAGCAAAAAGCCAGACAUGACACCGGAAGCUGCAUUCUGCUAUUACAAGGCUGAAACAAUUCGAGCCAAAGCAAGAAGCUGUGUUCAGGGAUGCUCUCCCGUCUUUAAGAACAAAUGACAAGGGAGAAGUUAUUUUAGCUUUUUUUUUCAAAAACGUAUUCAGUGGGUGACACCAAAGUAAAGCUGUAAACCUGUAUGGUGUAUUCAGCGACCAUACGAAGAGGAACCAUCAACAUUUAUUUAAGUUUCUCCAGUUAGUCAUUAAAAGAAUUUCUUGGAUUUUUUUUUCAUAGAUUCUGAACAAUACGACGAGCAUAUCAUUUAAAAGGACAAUGAAGAAUAAAAGGAUACAGUGUU